AUGUUGUUCUGGAGUCGUCUCAAAAAAUACCCUCAUGGACAAGAUCUCCUCUCCUACGAUUUUACGUCAAUUCCGAAUUUUUCUGAGAUGGAGGCAUUCAGCUAUUUAACAUUUUGGGCUGAGCUAGAUUUUGUCUUUCGAUUACGGUUUAAUGAGGCUAGUUUGUUCAGACCGGAUGCAUUUGAAGAGACAAUAUUGCGGAAGAUGAUUGCGACAUGGUACGACGAUGGGGUCGACGAGCGGCCACAACUUGAUCCCAGAGAGGAGAGAACGGAAUUAAUCAUUGAGUUGGGCAAGAAAAAAGCCAAGAGACAAAGUGUUGGAGGAGAGCAACAGGAGCACCGAUGCUCAAUUUGCUUAGCUUCUACCAUUACUGAAGACGACGCGCCUGGCGAUUUUGAAUUCUUUCUAGGAUUCAACGGAAAGAGCUUUUCAUGA